AUCACCUCGUAAGUCAGAUGGUUUAGGGUUUUUUUCUCCAAGUGCAUUACAAUUGCACAUACACCGAAAGCAGCAUCUCAUCUUGACAGCUUCUGGGGGUUGUAUAAAAGCUGGCAAACUCACGUCUGAGUUCAUCAUUCGCUCCGGAGCCCUUAAAAAAAAUACAUUGCACAAAAUGGCAGCGGCACCCGAGUGGCUGACCCAUGAGUAUAUCGAGCACGCUCUGCGUUCCCACUACCAGGACGAGGGUCUGAUCAUAGCCCGACUGGAGAUUAAUCCGGCUCUGGGACCCGGCGAGAAUUACGGCGGAGUGCUGACCCGAGUAAGAGUAAACUUCAAGCUCUCAUCUCCCAAGGAGGAGGAGCACCUGCAAAACCUGAUCGUAAAGACAGAAAUCGAUGACGAUGAGCUGACCCAGGAGCUGAUGGCCCCAUACGAUAUUUACAACCGCGAGAUGACCAUUUACCAGGAGGUGCUGCCCAAGCUAAAGGAUCUUCUAAUUGAGAUUGGAGAUUCCGAAAAUAUAUUUCCCACAGCCAUCUUUGUGGAUCGUGAGCGCAUGGCCAUUAUCUUUGAGGAUCUCUCCGUUGCCGGUUACGUAAUGGCCGAUCGAGUGCGUCGCCUCAACGAGGAGCACACUCAUCUCAUCCUCCGCAAACUGGCCAAGUUCCAUGCGGCGUCGGCAGUGCUAAAUGAGCGGGAGAAGGGCUCCCUGGAGGGCUAUGACCGAGGCUUCUUUAACAAAUACACAAAUGCGUACAGUGGCUACUUUGUAGGUGGCCUUCUGGCAGCCGCCCGAUGGAUGAGCAAGGUGCCCAAGCUGGCCCACUACGGAGAGAAGUUAUUCGCCUUGGCACCCCACUACAUGGACAUUGGGAAGGAGUGCUUCACACCCACCGCUGGCCACGUGAAUGUCCUGGCCCACGGGGAUGUGUGGACCAACAAUGUGAUGUUCAAAUAUGACCAGGAGACGGGACGACCUGUGGACGUGCUACUCAUCGACUUUCAAUAUUCCUUCUGGGGCUCUCCCUGCAUUGAUCUGCAUCAUUUCUUCAACACCUCCCUGAAGGAGCCACUGCGUCGAGAACAGCAAAAUGGUCUGUUCCAGUUCUACCACAGUAUCUUCAGUGAGACGCUAAAGAAGCUCCACUAUAGCCAUAAUCCCAUUCCCAGUCUUCAUCAGUUCAAGCAGCAGGUGGAGCAGAAGCGUUUCUUCGCCAUGCACUCCACGGUGGUGGUCCAGCCCGUGAUGAUCAGCCAGGAUCCGACGGAUGCUUGCUUCAAUGCCUUAAUGAACGACGACGAGCGUGGCAUCCGCUUCAAGAAUCGAUUGUAUAACAAUCCCACAGUGCAGCAGAAUCUCCAGGCUCUGGUCCCAUUCUUCGAUAGGAAGGGGCUGCUGGAAGUGGACCAAACUUGCUAAGGGGGGCACAUGAGGAACAACAACAACUAAGAUAUUAAAUUUUCUGUUCAAAUAUAUUAAGUUUCGUGAUUUAGUUUAGUAAA